CUGCAACACACAACUUCUGGCAUUAAAGACCUUCCCUUCUUUUGUCGGACUGAACAUAUCUCCAAAACUUCUGCUACCAGGUCCAGCAUCUCCAUGGCGGACGAAGCAACAUUUUCCGGCUAUCCGAUCGACCCCAGCAACGGCUUCUGCCACAAAACCAAGAUUUUCCAUAGCUUACGGCCAAGGGUUCCACUCCCGCCUCCCUCCCAACCCCUCUCCAUCGCCCAAUUCUGCUUCUCUCUCCUCCAAUCCUCUCCGUCUGCAAUCGGUUCCACCACCGUCCUCAUCGACUCCUCCACCGGCCGGCGCUUGUCUUACUCCGAAUUCCUCGACCAAGUUCACUCCCUUGCGGUCGCUCUCAGAACCUCAACCUCUCUCUCUAAAGGUCACGUUGCCUUCAUUCUCGCGCCUUCCUCGAUCCAAGUUCCGGUUCUCUAUUUCGCUCUCUUGACCUUGGGGGUCACCAUCUCCCCAGCUAACCCGCUCAGUUCCGACUCCGAAAUCGCACACCAGGUCCGGCUAAGUAAACCGGUCAUCGCCUUCGCCGCCUCCUCUACCUCUGACAAGCUACCGGCUCUUCCUCUCGGUACUAUACUCAUCGACUCGCCCAAAUUUCUCUCAAUGAUUAGCGGAAGUCGGACUGACACUGACCAACUCGAGCGAGUUCAAGUGAGUCAGUCAGACUCGGCGGCGAUUCUGUACUCCUCGGGAACCACAGGACGAGUGAAGGGCGUCAUGCUUACUCACGGCAACUUGAUCGCCCUAAUAGCCGGGUCCUUCUAUCUCCAGCGCAAGUCCGAUCAGAAUCAAAAUCAGCCACAGCCACAACCAGUGUCGAUGUUCACACUGCCUCUGUUCCACGUGUUCGGGUUUAUCAUGCUCGUGAGGUCGGUGACAAUGGCGGAGACUCUGGUGCUGAUGGGGAGGUUCGAUUUCGAGAGCAUGUUGAGGGCCGUGGAGAAGUACCGGGUCACCCACAUGCCGGUUUCGCCACCGCUCGUGGUGGCGCUAGCCAAGUCCGACCUCGUCAACAAAUACGAUCUCAGCUCUCUCCAGUUGCUAGGAUGCGGUGGCGCGCCGCUCGGAAAGGAGGUCGCCGAGCACUUCGCGGCUAAGUUUCCAAACGUGGCGAUUGUGCAGGGAUAUGGUUUGACUGAGAGUGGAGGAGGCGCAGCAAGAAUGAUGUGGGAGGAAUCACAACAGCAUGGUUCUGUUGGUCGCUUAGCUGAAAAUAUGGAAGCCAAAAUAGUUGAUCCUGUAACUGGAGAGGCCUUACCGCCUGGCCAGAAAGGAGAGCUGUGGUUGCGAGGGCCAACUAUCAUGAAAGGUUAUGUUGGGGACGACAAUGCAACUGCCGAAACUUUGGAUUCGGAAGGGUGGUUGAAGACUGGUGAUCUCUGUUAUUUCGAUUCUGAUGGAUUUCUCUAUAUCGUAGACAGAUUAAAGGAACUGAUAAAAUACAAAGGGUAUCAGGUCCCGCCAGCUGAGUUGGAACAUUUACUCCUAUCACAUCCUGAAAUUGCUGAUGCUGCUGUGAUUCCGUAUCCUGAUGAAGAAGCAGGGCAGAUUCCCAUGGCAUUUGUGGUGAGAAAGCCCGGAAGCAAUAUUGGGGAGGCUCAAGUUAUAGGUUUCAUUGCAAAACAGGUCGCACCGUACAAGAAGAUCCGCCGUGUCUCUUUUAUCAACUCUAUUCCAAAAUCUCCGGCGGGGAAAAUUUUGAGGAGGGAGCUGGUCACUCAUGCUCUCUCUCUUGGUUCCUCUAGACUAUGAUCAAUACUCUGGACUUAGACGUGAAGGGGGCAAUGCUAGGAGAAGCAGGCAACUUGCCUGAUUUUUCAGGUGUAUAUCAGAGUGUGUUAGCGUGGUGGAGCCUGGUUUUCCAAAACCAUAGUCUACUCACAAUUUUCCAUCUUCCAUAUUUUGCGCUAUUGUAUUAUAUUUUUAUUGCACUCUACUUGUACUACAUUCUCUCCCCAUAUUAUAAAUACGGCUCCCUACUAUUUCAUCC